UUAAUAUUUCUUCUACAGCACACACACAUCCUAUAUCAUUCCCUUUGUGAUCAAUCCCAAAACCCUACUUGAACUACAACUUCUAGGCUAAGUAGUGUAAUUUUUUCAAAAAAAACAACUUAGAAAAGGUGAAAAUGUCAGGUGUUUGGGUGUUCAAUCCGAAAGGUGUAAUGCGCCAGGCGGAGAGCAGUGGUUCACGUCGAAAGAGUCUGGUUUACCUGCCAACGGGUCAGGUGGUCUCGUCCUAUUCGGCGCUCGAGCAGAUACUGACUGGUUUAGGUUGGGAGAGGUAUUACGGUGGUGGCCCGGACCUCUUCCAAUUCCACAAGCAUUCCUCCAAUGACUUGAUAUCUCUUCCAAAAGAUUUCUCCAAGUUCAACUCCGUUUACAUGUACGACAUCGUCAUUAAAAACCCAAAUGUCUUCCACGUCAAAGAUAUUUAGUGAGUGAAUCAUGAUAUUCCCCCACUCAUAUGUCUAUCUCUAUAUUAAUCUAAUACAUACAUACAUAUAUAUAUAUAUAUAUGUAUGUAUUUAUGUAUGUAUGUGUUUCUAAUUUAUUUCCUUUCGUGUUUUUAGGGUGUCUGUAUUGUUGGUCUUUUAGGUUUGGUACUGUCUCUUCCUAAUCGAUUUACUUGUUUGUUUUCUUUUAGAAUAAAAGGGUAGGAUUUAAUUGUGGUGGUGUGUUUGAUUUUAUGUAGCUUUAAUCGUGUACUAUUGCUUUGUAAGCAGCUUUGUGAGUGAAAAUAUGGCUUUUGUUGUAUCAUGCAAU